AUGAUGAUGAUGUCCCUGAACAGCAAGCAGGCGUUCAGCAUGCCGCACGGCGGCAGCCUGCACGUGGAGCCCAAGUACUCGGCAUUGCACAGCGCCUCGCCCGGGUCCUCUGCACCCGCGGCGCCCUCCGCCAGCUCUCCCAGCAGCUCGAGCAAUGCUGGCGGCGGUGGCGGCAGUGGCGGGGGCGGUGGAGGCCGGAGCAGCAGCUCCAGUAGCGGUGGCGGCAGCGGCGGCAGCGGCGGGGGCUCCGAGGCGAUGCGGAGAGCAUGUCUUCCAACCCCACCGAGCAAUAUAUUCGGCGGGCUGGAUGAGAGUCUGCUGGCCCGCGCCGAGGCUCUGGCGGCGGUGGACAUCGUCUCCCAGAGCAAGAGCCACCACCAUCACCCGCCCCACCACAGCCCCUUCAAGCCGGACGCCACCUACCACACCAUGAAUACCAUCCCGUGCACGUCGGCUGCCUCCUCUUCGUCGGUGCCCAUCUCGCACCCGUCCGCGCUGGCGGGCACGCACCACCACCACCACCACCACCACCAUCACCACCAUCAGCCGCAUCAGGCGCUGGAGGGCGAGUUGCUGGAGCACCUGAGUCCCGGGCUAGCUCUGGGUGCCAUGGCGGGCCCCGACGGCGCCGUGGUGUCCACUCCAGCUCACGCGCCGCCCAUGGCUACCAUGAACCCCAUGCACCAAGCCGCUCUCAGCAUGGCCCACGCGCACGGGCUGCCCUCACACAUGGGCUGCAUGAGCGACGUGGACGCCGACCCCCGGGACCUGGAGGCGUUCGCCGAGCGCUUCAAGCAGCGACGCAUCAAGCUGGGGGUGACCCAGGCCGAUGUGGGCUCCGCGCUGGCCAACCUCAAGAUCCCCGGCGUGGGCUCGCUCAGCCAGAGCACCAUCUGCAGGUUCGAGUCCCUCACGUUGUCUCACAACAAUAUGAUUGCGCUCAAACCCAUCCUGCAAGCGUGGCUAGAGGAGGCGGAGAAGUCUCACCGCGAGAAGCUCACCAAGCCGGAGCUCUUCAACGGCGCGGAGAAGAAGCGCAAACGCACGUCCAUCGCGGCGCCGGAGAAGCGCUCGCUCGAAGCCUACUUCGCCAUCCAGCCGCGGCCCUCUUCCGAGAAGAUCGCCGCCAUCGCUGAGAAGCUGGACCUCAAGAAGAACGUGGUGCGCGUCUGGUUCUGCAACCAGAGGCAGAAACAGAAAAGAAUGAAAUAUUCCGCGGGCAUUUAG